AAUCAUCACUCAAUUUCAAAUUAAAAUUUUCAGCUCCUCAUUCAGAUUGUUUAGUCGAAUUCGAAAUAAAACUUUUAGCGCUCUUGAUUCAGAUUGUAUACUCAAAUUCGAAAUAAAAUCUCAGCUCCUAGUUGAGAUUUAUUUUUGGGGGAAAAAGGUUGUGAAUUCUCCAAAAAUUGAACUGAUUUUUUUGUUUGACUGUAAUUUUCCGGAGGCGGAGCGCCACCACCAUGGGCGGUUCACAGAGUCGCGAAGGGCUCGAACUUUCCGAUUCGGAAUAUUCCGAUCAGGAGGAGGAAGAGGAAAUCCAGGAGCACGCAGAGGAUCGCUCCCCACAGGUCAGUGCAAAAACCCUAGAUGAAGUCGAUUCAAGGCUGCAGGCUUUAAAGCUCAAGUACCCGAGUAAUGCGUCUCCGUCGCCUCGGAAGCCUAAAGUUGACUUAAGGAACGCCGUUAAGCUUUACCUUCACAUCGGCGGCAACACGCCCAAGGCGAAGUGGGUGGUCUCUGAGAAGCUUUGUUACUAUAAAUUUGUUAACAAGUUGAAAAUCGACGACGAGGACGAGUAUGAUGAAGACGAAUUGCGUCGUGGGGAAGGAUUUUGGGUUUUGAAAAUUGGGGAGAAGAUCGGUGUUAGGGUUUCCACGGAUUUGCAGAUGAAGUUCUUCGGGGACCAGAGGAGGGUUGAUUUUGUGGAUAGAGGCGUUUGGGCGUUGAAAUUUUUCGUGGAUGAGGAGUAUAGGGGUUUUGUGACUAAAUUUCAGGAUUGUUUGUUUGAGAAUGUUUAUGGAUUGAGAGCUACGGAAGAGAACAAAUUGAAGAUAUAUGGGAAGGAGUUUAUAGGUUGGGUGAAGCCAGAGGAGUCGGAUGAUGCAAUGUGGGAGGAUGCAGAUGAUGGUGAAUGGAAGACUCCAGAUAAGAGGCCGGUGGAUUUCCCGGAGAGGGAGAGCCAGGAUUUGUUGGAGGAGUUUGAGGAGGCGGCAACGGGUGGAGGGAUUCAGAGCUUGGCUUUGGGGGCAUUGGAUAACAGUUUCUUGGUUAGUGAUUCAGGAGUUCAGGUUGUCAAGAACUUUAGUCAUGGGAUUCAUGGGAAAGGGGUUUAUGUCAAGUUUGAUGACAAUAACUUGGGAUCGAGUUCUGGAAACUCCGCAACUCCAAAGAAGGGGCUUUUAAUGAGGGGAGAGACGAAUAUGAUGCUGAUGAGUCCAUUGAAGGGAGGGAAGUCACCUACAACUGGGCUUCGCCAGUUGGAUAUUGAGACAGGGAAGAUUGUCACAGAGUGGAAGUUUGCAAAAGAUGGGGUUGAUAUCACUAUGAAAGAUAUCACUAGUGAUUCAAAGGGUUCACAAUUGGACCCUUCGGAAUCGACUUUCUUGGGUCUGGAUAACAACAAUCUGUGUCAGUGGGAUAUGCGGGACAGGAAGGGAGUGGUUCAGAAGAUCACAGAUACCAAUCCGCCAGUGCUGCAUUGGACCCAAGGUCACAUGUUCUCGAGAGGGACCAACUUUCAAUGUUUUGCAACGGCUGGGGAUGGUUCCAUUGUUGUUGGGUCGCUUGAUGGGAAGAUUAGACUGUACUCAAGGACCUCGAUGAGGCAGGCGAAAACUGCAUUCCCUGGCCUUGGUUCGCCCAUAACAUCGGUUGAUGUUACUUAUGAUGGGAAGUGGGUGUUGGGUACCACAGAUACGUAUUUGAUCUUGAUAUGCACUUUGUUCACGGAUAAGGAUGGUAAGACGAAAACUGGCUUUUCUGGUCGGAUGGGAAACAAGAUUCCAGCUCCGAGGUUACUGAAGCUCACUCCUGUUGAUGCACAUCUGGCUGGAGAUGGUAAUAAAUUCCAUGCUGGUCAUUUCUCUUGGGUUACGGAGAGUGGUAAGCAAGAAAAGCAUCUGGUUGCUACGGUGGGGAAGUUCAGCGUGAUAUGGAACUUUCAGCAGGUGAAGAACAGCGCGCAUCACUGCUACGAGAAGCAGCAAGGGCUCAAGAGCUGCUACUGCUACAAGAUAGUAUUGAAGGACGAAUCCAUAAUUGAGAGCCGGUUCAUGCACGACAAAUUUGCAGUGGGGAGUUCCCCUGAAGCUCCGCUGGUUGUGGCGACUCCGAUGAAAGUAACUUCCUUCAGCAUGUCUGGGAAACGAAGAUGAGGAUGUUGUUUGGCUUAGUUGGUUGUUUAAUUUACCUGCUCCAUAAUAUGGUUUGGUGUGUAGAGAUGGAGAUGUGGUUUUAUUUUCAUUUCAUUGUUGGGGUAUUUAGAGUAUUUUUUUUUUCUUGUAAAGGGGAUUGAUUUGAUUCUUCACUAUUUGUUUCUGUGUAUUUCCCAAGUCCAAACUGUCCAAAUUGAAGUAUUAGGAGAAGUAUGAUUUGGAUG